UUGUGGCAAGCACAGCAGCAGAGGUAAAACUCCAUUUGGGACGAUGGCGAUUUGCAUUCGUCAGCUCUUCCUUUUUGCUGCAGAUUUGACGUUCGCUUCCGUCGUCUCCUGUGUCCUUUAUGUGCUUGCCUGUCUUUGUGUUGGGAGUCUCAUUGGCAUUGUGCUCUUCCUCUCUUCCUCUGGGAUCAUGAAGCGCAUGAAGAGGAACAUUGGCCAGCAGAGGAGCGCAGUCAAAACCUUGGUUUCGAAGAGCACCCUUGGAGGGAUGCUUGUGGGAAAACUAGACAAGGCAGAGUGUGGCAUGCGGACAGGGUGCUGUUCCCCAGCGAGAGAAUGGGCCCCUAUUCUGAAGAAGGAGUGUUCCUCAAACACCACAGUGGCACAACUCCCAGUGGCUGAGGAGAAAUAUCAGAAGGCGACGCAGACUCGGAUCAAUAACCAGCUCUCCCUGAAAGAAAUGUCUGGAGUGAUGAAGAAGCCUUCAGUCAUGAUACGGGAAAAGGAGACAAAAUUACCAAAAGAAUUUGAAAGGAAAGCAUCUCGUAAACAGAAGAAUCGUUCCUUGACACCGGCUUUCCUUCUUGCCCUGCUCUGGGCUCCAUUGAACAUUAUGUGCCCAUGUCUGAAGACGUUGCUUACCACCCGACCGAAACCUCAAGACUGACAGAUUGUCCAGCAUCCAGCUCUAUGGGAAGAUCCUUUCUUCAGUUGACUGAGAAUGUUGGCUGACAAGAGGCUUGAGAACCUACAGAUCUAUAAAGUUCUCCAGUGUGUGCGUCUGAAGGACAAGAAGCAGAUUGAAAAACUCACCAAACUUGGAUACCCUGAACUCAUUAAUUUCACCGAGCCCGUCAAUGGAGACAGUGCCCUUCACUUGGCCUGUGUCGCUAACGACAUUGACAUGUGUAACUUUCUCUUGGAGAUUGGGGCACACCCGGAUGUCCAGGAUCGAAUGGGGCGGACCCCUGUGAUGAAAGCUGCAGAGCUCGGCCAUGACCUAGCCUUGGACGUGUUAGUCCAGGCUGAGGCAGAUAUGACGAUCGUUGAUGCAGAAGGCAAAGGCGUGCUGUUCUACUGCAUUUUGCCCACCAAACGGCACUACCGCUGUGUUCAGAUCGCCCUCGAAUUUGGAGCUGACGUUAACAACUGUACUAUUGAAGGGAAGCCAGUUUUCCUCCAAGCCUGUGAGCAAGCGCAUGAAAUCAAAGAGAUAUGCAUGAAAUUUUUGGACAGAGGAGCAGACCCGAAUGCAACAAAUCCAGCGACGGGCCGCACUGCCCUGAUGGAAGCAGCUAGGGAAGGAGUCUUGGAUGUGGUCCGUGGUAUUCUUGAGAGAGGUGGAGAUGUUAAUGUUUUUGACAAUGAAAGACACCAUGCUGCCCAUUUUGCUGCCAAAGGAGGGUUUUUUGAGAUCCUGAAGCUUAUUUCUGCCUACAAUGGAGACGUGGGCCUGAUAGCCAUGAAUGGAAACACACCACUUCACUACGCUGCCGCUGGGGGUUUUACGGAGUGUUGCCGGUUUAUUGGUCAAAGAGGCUGUGAUCCCACAUGGAGGAGCCUAGAGAAGAAGACGCCAAGGCAGGUGGCGAAAGAUGGCGGCUUCAAAGCCGCAGUAAAGGAGAUCCGUAAAAUCGAGCGCCGCUUUGCCAAAUUUUCCAAGCCCAAGCCGGGGGUGAAGAACCCCAACCCACCCUGGGCCGUGAGGUUGCACGACUGGUCCAUAGAAAACCAGGCAAGCCUCCGCGAAGCCUUUGAGAUGGCAGAUCGAGGUGACGGGACUGUGAGCAAAGAAGAUUUUGUCCUCAUCAUUGAGGAGAGGUGCUCGUUUGUGGACGCUGAGCAAAUACAAACGAUAGCUCAGGCGCACGAGAGAACUCGCGCAGGGGGGGUCAACACGGAAGAGUUUCUGAAGGGCAAUCGGUACUUGCAGAAGCCCUUCCUCCUUUCAUCCUAUGGCCCCAAGAAGAAGAAAGGCAAGAAGGGGAAAGGCAAGAAAGGCAAAUUUGCCAUCCCAAUGCCCAUCUGUGUCAUCCCCGAGAGCUCGUACCCUCGUCGUGGUGAUGGUGGGCCGCCAGAGUACAUGAUCGAAACCUAUCGCAAUGUGACUGAUUCCAGCCGCUUCAAUCGCGAUCACCCCCCCGAGCAUCCCAUACAGGACGAUUCCUGGUGGUACAUCGAUGACCCCGUGAAGUCCUUCUCCAAUGUCAACUACCUCACCAAAGAGGGAGACCUGUCAUCCCUGAAGAAAGCCUUUGAGUCUGGGGUGCCGGUGGAUGUGAGAGACCAUUUCUACAAAACACCCCUGAUGGCUGCCUGUGCAAGUGGCAACCUGGAAGCUGUGAAUUUCCUUCUAGAAAAAGGGGCUAAUGUGAAUGCAAAAGACAAUUUCAUGUGGACUCCUCUCCAUCAUGCAUGCCAUGCAGGACAACAGGAUAUUGCUGAACUGCUCAUUAAUUCAGGGGCAACAAUGGAUGCUGUUUCAAUCAACGCCGGAACCCCAUUAAUGAGAGGUGUGGAGAGCAGUCGUCUGGACACUGUGCAGCAUUUAAUCAAUGGCGGUGCUAAAGUUCAGAUGGAAAACAGACGAGGACAAAAUGCACUGGAAAUUGCAAAGGCGUAUGCUGACAACCGGCUGAUCCACUUCAUUCAGGACACGUUGGACCGCUUGCCCAAGCCACCAGAAAGCAAAGGGGAGAAACAGAAGGGGAAAAAGGGGGGGAAGCCGAAAGCACCGGCACCACCUCCCCCCAAGGCCAAGUCUGCAGAGCCCGAAUCGAAAGAGUCCAUGAAAGACGAGAUUCCACAGCUGCUUGAACCGCUCGUCGAGAAAUCUCUUUUUGAAGAGAAAAAGGAAUCCCUCCGAGAUAAUGUCGUCCAUUUGAAUUCGCUAAUAACCAGGGGAGCUACAAGGAAGCUUAACAUCACUUUUACACCACAAAGAACGUGGAAUCCAGAAGCGACGACAAAAGAUCUUCUAAAAAAGAGGGAAUCACGUCGGCAACGUUUCACGUACGAGGUGGAUUUUGAAGACUUCAUGAUGCCAUUCAAGAAGAACUUUAUGGAGAAAGCCCGUGCUUUAGAACAGGGUGCCGCCUUGCAUUAAUCACUGUGCAACUUCUGCAUGGAUGUUCCGGAAGGAAGGAACCCAAGUCUCAGGAGAAAUGUCUUUGAGAGGCCAUAAUCAUGUUAUUUCCAAUUGUGAUAAAAGUUUUGCUUCA